GGAGGACUUCACUCUGAAAGCUUCCGAGACCAAGCCACGAGCUAGACACAACGAGUUGCGUAAACCACCGAAAGAAUGACGCCGAGACCUCGCUUCCUCUUCAUUGCCCUGGCAGUCUGCUUUUCCGCACUCUAUGUUUGUCCCACCGAAGGAUUCGCUGGUGUUAAUUGCCGCUGUCUGAGAACGUCCGGGUCCUCCAUCAACCCUCGCCAGGUCAAGCAGCUGCAGAUCAUCCCACUGGGAGCGCAGUGCCGGCAUAUCGAGAUACUAAUCACACUGAGAAAUGGUUGGACUGUUUGUCUGGAUCCGAAAGCACCAAGUACCCAGCAGCUCAUUGAGGCAGUGAUGGAAAACAUAAAACAGAAAGAAAAAAUUCAGAAAGAAAGAAAAACCCGGGAUACCACAGCUGAUGCUUCCUGAAGAAACUGACAUUUUCUGCAACAAAAUCUCAGCAGUAUGUGCCAAAAAUAUGAAAUAAAGUGGGCACCCUUGAUAAAUAUGCUCAAUUGAUAUAUGCUUUCACAGAUAUUGAUAUAUGCUUUAAUUUCCAACCUGACUAAAGUACUGUGCUUUAUGUAUUAAAGAUGUCAACCAAAGUCAAAUAAAAAAUAUUUUCUCCCGAAAAAAA